CUCGUUUGAUAUCUCCUUUGUUUUGACCUCGGCUUUUCUUUUGGACACGUUUUAAAUCUCUUACUUUGAACUCGGCUUUCUUGGACUACCGAAUUUAGAAACACCUAAAAAUGUCGUCAAAUCAGUAUUGGAAAUGUUACUUUAAAUGUGAAGUGACUGACGUUUUACACCGUUUUCCAAAUCAUCAAUAUAAUCCCGAAAGGUUUAACUCAUGGAUAAGUGUUCUAGAUCCUAAUAUGCAGAAACGAAAUCCGCAAUAUAUAUACAACAAUUUAAGAUUGUGUAAUAGGCAUUUUGAGUUAUGCUACCAUACACCCAGUAAAAGACUUACGAGGAAUGCUGUUCCAACUUUAAAUAUUGAUUUAUAUAAUAUGGAACAAGAAGUACCACCACUACCUAAAAGUAUUCCAGAAGACAUGUCUAUGGAAGUUUCUCAAAACAUUAAAGAUCCAAAGUUAAGUGGUAGCAUAACCACUCGUAAGCCUGUGGUACCACAAGACAAGACAACAAGACAAAUGCAAAGAAAUAUUUGCAAUCUAAAGUAUAGAUUAAAGAAGCUUAGCCAGAAAUAUACAACACAAACAAAAAAAAUUAAAUGUGCAAGGAAUCUAUCUCUUUCACAGGCAUUUUUAAAACAAAUUGAAAAGUUUCCUGCACCCAUAAAAAUUUUUAGUAAGCUCCAGUUAAAAGCUAAAUAUAAACCGAGAGGAAGGAGAUAUACAAUGGAGGAAAAGAUUUUGGCCUUAACCAUGUACAAACAAAGUGCAAAGGCAUAUAAUCUUUUGAAUAAAAUGUUUGUGUUACCUUCAAAAAGAAGCCUCCAAAAACUAUUGAGCCACAUUCCUUUGGAGCCUGGAAUAAACGAACAUAUCUUUGCUCAUUUAAAAAAAGCAGUGAGAAGAUUGCCUUUAGAAAAAAGAUUAUGUACUCUCAUAUUUGAUGAAGUGGCCUUAGAUGUGGGACUUCACUUUAACAAUGGAAGAAUCAUUGGCUUUGAAGACCUUGGUUUUGAAAGCAGUAAAUUGAUUGCCGACCAUGCAUUAGUAUUCAUGGUAAAAAGCAUUAAAGGGAAAUUUAAACAACCUGUCUGCUUCACUUUUACCAAAAGUUGCACAAAAAAGGAUGACUUAAAACAUCUGAUAAAAUUAUUAAUAAGAAAAAUCCACGAUUCGGGAUUAAAAGUCGUAGCAACUGUCUGUGACCAGUCACAAACAAAUGUGGGUGCAAUAAAGAGCCUGAAGGACGACACAAUGAAAAAAUAUUUAAGACAGGCUGUGGAAUAUAAGUCUCAUGGUUUUGAGGUCGAUGAGCAUAAGAUAUUUCCUUUAUAUGACACGCCACAUCUUUUGAAAGGUGUAAGAAAUAAUCUUUUAAGAAAAAAUGCAAGGUUUUCAGAUAUCCAAGAAAAAGUAGCGAAAUGGGACCACAUAAAAAUGUUAUUUGAAAAGGAUGUUGGUGAACACGAGAUAAGAUUUGUAAAUAAGUUAACUGAAUAUCACGUUUUUGAAAAUAAAAUACCAAAAAUGAAAGUGAAAUAUGCUGCGCAGGUAUUUAGCCAAAGGGUGUCUUCUGCAUUAGGAUUUCUUGCAAGACACAAUAUAUUGCCAGCGGAGUGUCAAGAUACGGCAAAAUUUUUGUUGCUAUUUGAUAAGUUAUUUGAUUCUUUUAAUGGACAUACUUAUUCUGGUACAUCAAAAGAAUUAUUAGGGUGUCUUAAAAACAAUUCCCCUCACCAACAGUUUUGGGCGGAAGUUCUACCCAUCUUAAAAUCAAUUAAAUUUGAAAAUAAAUUUGUGAAAAAAGAUGGCACUUGUACUGUAAAGUUUGAAAAGAGGGAAAGGCGCACGCUUUCUCUUAUGAGUCAAGCCAUAAGACGAAAUCUUGUUGAUUUCAAUCCCAAAAAGACACAAGUGCGCGCCAUUACCGCUAAAAAAGAACCCUAUGUCUUCGUUUCGAGGGCACUCGAGGACAAGGGACUUUAG